GUGACGCACACAUAACGCGACAUGGCGGCGUAGUAGCCCCGGUCUGUCUUCUACGCGGUCGCAAUCUUCAUGUUUAUCAUGAGGGAAUUUAAUAAAUCAUUUCCCAGGAUGUUUAUCUGCUCUUUUCCCGACUGCACGGCAGCGUACGAUAAAGAGUGGAAGCUUGAGGCGCAUCUGUGUAAACAUACCGGAGUGAGGCCGUUCGGGUGCGAGUACGCCGGAUGCGGCAAGUCGUUCUGCAGCAAAUCUCAUCUCGCUCGUCAUGAGCUCACGCACACCGGAGAGAAACCCUUCAGCUGCGGUGAGGACGGGUGCACGCAAAGUUUCACCACAAACUUCAACUUGAAGAAGCACAUUUCACGCAAGCACAAGCAGGAAGCCAAGAUGUACACCUGUGUGUUUGAGGGGUGUGGCAAAAGCUUCAAGAAGAACAACCUGCUGAAGAUUCACGAAAGCACACACACACUCCAGCUCCCGUACGAAUGCACGUACGAGGGCUGCGACAGACGCUUCGCGAAUCCCAGCAAAAGAAAACGUCAUGAGAAGGUGCAUAAGGGUUACCCGUGUCCGGCCGAGGAUUGCUCAUUCGUUGCGAAGACCUGGACUGAACUUACCAAGCACAGGAAAGAGCAUAAAGUGAGAGUGCAGUGUGAAGAGUGUAAGAAGACGUUCAGGGAUCAGUGGUUCCUGAAGCAGCACCAGCACGUUCACGCUGAAGUUCGGCUCGUGUUUCUGUGUCCGAGAGACGGAUGCAAGCGUUCCUACACCACCGCCUUCAACCUGCAGAGCCACAUCCUGUCCUUCCACGAGCAGCAGCGAGCGUUCAGCUGCCCCGAGCCCGGCUGCACCAAAGCUUUCUCCAUGAAGCUAAGUUUACAGCGUCACUCUGUGGUUCACGACCCCGAGAGAAAGAAACAGAAGAAACCCCGUCCGACACGAUCACUGGCGUCUCAUCUGAGCGGCUACAAAACGUCAAAAAAACGCCGGAAAACCCCGGACCUCGACGACUCUCCUGACUCUGUGACCAGCCAAUCAGAAACCUCCAAAUCAGACAGCAAUCGGGCCGUUAUCUCGUCAGAACCCGUCAAGGAUGACGUAACCUGGCCAUGUCCGAUGGUGCUGGAAUCGUCCGAUCAGAGCCAGUGACGUCUGAAAGUUCUGUUGUUCUCAUGUUCGAGCCACUUGUGUUGGAGAGUCCAACUGAGAAAUCUGAUAAUCCAAUAAAUCUGAUAAUAUAGCAGAAACCAGCCAGAGCUCUCUGAAUUUGUGAAUUAUUUACUUGUUACAACCCCAAUUCCAAAAAUGUUGGGACGCUGUGUAAAACACAUAAUUAAAUGUAAAUAGAAACAGAAUGCAAUGAUUUGAAAAUUUCAUGAACCUGUACGUUCUCCACAAUAGAACAUAAACAUAUCAAAUGUUUUAAACUGAGGAAAUGUACUACCUUAAGGAAAACAUAAGGUAGUUUUGAAUUUGAUGGCUGCAGCACGCCUCAAAAAAGUUGGGACGGCGCAACAAAAGGCUGGGAAAGCAAGUGUUACUAAAAAGAAACAACUAGAGGAACGAUUUGUAACUAAUUAGGUUAAUUGGGAACAGGUCAGUAAGAUGAUUGGGUAUAAAGAGAGGAUCUUAGAGAGGCGGAGUCUCUCAGAAGUAGAGAUGGGAUGGAAUCUGGAUGGAAACAGAUGUUGCUCUAAAACCUGUAUACACCUUUCAGCGUUGAUGAUGCUUUUUUGUGGCCAACAAACUCAAGAUGACCGUAUUUUUUUCUUAAAAUGGUCAAUUUCCUCAGUUUCGAACAUUUGAUAUGUUUUCUAGGUUUUAUUGUGAAUAACAUAUGGGUUUGAGAUUUCCAAAUUGCAUUCUGUUUUUAUUUACAUGGCAUUUGGAAUUGGGGUUAUAUGUAAAUGUACCCCCAGAGUGGGGUAAACAGUAAGUUGCCAUAGCGACGUGUUUAGAAAAUGUCUGAAAAAUUGAGUCUCCAAUAAAACAUGAACCUCAAAACAA